GUUGUACAAAGUGAUAAUUAUGCAAUGAAACCAAACACGUGGCUAUAAAUUUGGUCUUGCCAAAAAAAGAAAGAAAGCAGAAUAAGAAUCUAGAAAUGGAGGAGAACAAUAAUAGAAAUUCAACGCUGGUUUGUGUUACAGGUGGUGCAGGAUAUAUUGCUUCUUUUCUGGUGAAGAAACUUUUGGCAAAAGGGUACACAGUUUAUGCCACACUCAGAAACUUGGAGGAUAAAUCAAAAGUAGGUUUGUUAAAGAGCUUCCCCAAUGCAGAGGAAAGAUUGAAGUUAUUUCAAGCUGAUGUCUAUAGACCAGAAGAGUUUGAGCAAGCAAUUCAAGGCUGUGAAUUUGUUUUCCAUGUUGCCACUCCCUUGUUACACUCUGAGGGAUUUCAGUAUAAGAAUAAGGUAGAAGCAACAGUUGCUUCAGUGAAGAAUAUUGGAAAGGCUUGUAUAAAGAGUGGGACAGUGAGAAGGCUUAUUUAUACAGGAACUGUGCUUUCUGCUUCACCAUUGAAGGAUGAUAGCAAUGGUUUCAAGGAAUUGAUGGAUGAAACAUGUUGGACACCUCUCAAUAUCCACUUUGCUUUUAGUGAUGAUUAUGUUAGGGAGUAUGUGGAAGCAAAGACAAUGGCUGAGAAAGAAAUCUUGAACUUUGGCAAAAAUGGUUUUGAGGUUGUGAGCUUAGGUUGUGGUCUUGUGGGUGGAGAUACACUCUUGUCAAAUAUUUCAACAAGUAUGGCUGCUAUAUUAUCAGCUGUAACUGGUAAUGAAAUUUCUUACCAACAACUCAAGUUCAUAGAAGAAGUUGAUGGAAAAGUUCCAAUUGUACACAUUGAAGAUGUUUGUGAAGCUCAUAUUUUUGGUAUGGAAACUGCAUCUAUAAAUGGUCGUUUCUUGUGUGCUAGCUCCUUUGUUUCUUCUGCAGAAAUUGCCAGUUAUUACAAAGAAAAAUUCCCAGAGUUUCAUAUCAACCAAAGGUAUUUGGAUGAUCCAAAGAGAGCAGUGAAGUGGGGAUCAAAGAAGCUUAUGGAUAAGGGUUUUGUGUAUAAAAAAGAUAUGAAGAAUAUAUUGGAUGAUAAUAUUAGCCGUGCUAAGGAAAUUGGAGUUCUCAACUUGUCAUCAUCUGCUUAAUGGGAACUUUAACUUCCAUAUAUGUAAAUCACUUACUCGUAACCAGCGUUUGUACUAAAUCAUAUCAACUUAUCAUGGUUUGUACACUGUUGUAUUCUGUGCACAUUAUGUUCUAAGUACACAUUGAAGAAGGGCUAGAAAAAUGACUUGUUUUC